AAACCUGAACACAGAACCAAAGCACAGAAGGUUUUUCUUUCCAGGAAACCCAAAGAUGGGAGGAGCAGAAGAGGAGAAAUGAUCUGUGAUAUCAGUCUGUCCUGAUAAAAGAAGAAACACAAACACACCUGAAUCACAACAUCUACAGCCGUGGUCAGUUCGUCUCUGCGUCAGUAUCACUUUGUGGAUCAGAAGAAGACCUGGACUGAAGCUCAGAGAUACUGCAGAGAGAACCACACAGAUCUGGUCACUAUCAAUGACAUGCAAGAACAGAAUGACAUAAAACAGCUCUUAAACAGUAACUCUGAGCGUGUCUGGAUUGGCCUGAGAAGCACAGACACAUGGAUAUGGUCUCUGAGUGAUCCUGCCUCCUACAGAGCAAAUGAGUCUCAGUAUAGGAACUGGUCAGACAAUCAACCACAAGGAGAUGGAGACUGUGUUUACAUGGAUUGUGGGAAUGGACAGAAAGGACAAUGGCAUGAUGCAAAGUGUACCGAAGCACUUCAUUUCAUCUGCUAUAAUGACAGCAGUAAAGAAUUUGUCCCUGUAAUGGAGGAAAAGACCUGGACAGAUGCUCAGAAAUACUGCAGACAGUAUCACACAGAUCUGGCCAGUGUGAAGAACCAGAGUGAGAAUGAUCAGAUUCAGAACAUCAUAACUUCAACUAAACAAGCCUGGAUUGGUCUGCACAGACUCUGGGUUUGGUCAGACAACAGCACCUCCACAUUCACACACUGGAAACCUGGUGAACCCAAUGAAAACAAUAACAGACACAACAUCUGCACAUCGAUUGAUAUCAAACAUUACCCAAGACAAUGGACAGAUGAGAAGUGUUCAGAGGAAUAUCCCUUUGUGUGUUAUGAUGAUAAACUGGUUCUGAUCCGAGAGAAUAAGACGUGGACUGAAGCUCUGAGACACUGCAGAAACAAUGACAUGGACCUGGUGUCGGUGGAUUCGGAGCAGAUGCAGCAGCGGGUGAAGAUGUCGAUCACGAAAGCGAACGUUUCUGAUCACGUGUGGCUGGGUCUGCGUCACUCCAGCGUACUGGGAAUCUGGUUCUGGGUCAACGGUCAGACCGUGUGCUACGAUCAGUGGGCUCCUGAUUACAACAAAGAUCUGAACAAAUGCGAUACGACGGUCAGAACCGGAGCCAUUCGGACCAGCGAUAAUAAAUGGAUCAGUCGCCCUGAAACUGACACAUACAACUUCAUCUGCAGCAAGUGAGUGCUGGAUACGAACUGAUUACAUGUAAUCCAGAUUACCUAAUCACAUUACAAAUAUUCACUACUUGUGAUUAAUUACAUUACAUUACAGAUUAUUGUUACUUUCUUAUGGAUUACAUAUUCACACAAUGGCAGUAAAUUAUUCAUGUAAUCAAAAAGUACUCAGAGUACAUUACUUAAAAUGUGUAAUCUAAUAGAUUGUUACUAAAAAGUUUUCGUCAUGUAAUUUGUAACAGACUAAAAAUGUUUAAUUCAUGAGCCACUGUGUGUGAGUCAACAGAUUCAAUCAAACCGUUUGGACUCAAAUUAUUCAAUUCAAUCUCAGUUUAUUUGUAAAGUGAUUUUCAUGAUACAUAUUGUUUCAAAGCAGCUUCACAGAAAAUGUGAAUUUCAAUAUUACAAUCAGGAAGUUUUCUGUUAUCAGACUCAAAUGAUCUCCAUUUAAUGUGUUUUCAUGUCUAUUUGAUCUUCUGUCAUGUUUUCACUUGUUUAAAGUCAAUUCUAUGAUUCAGUUUCAGACUCAUGAGGUGAUGGAGACAAACAU